AUGCAUCUGCUCCUCAUCCGUCACGGUGAGAGUGUUGACAAUGUCGCGAAUCUCUAUGCAGGGUCUCGCGAUUCUCCUUUGACAAGUCAUGGCGUACUACAGACACGACGCUUAGGUGCUCACCUCGCAUCGCGUCGUAGUAUUAUCGGGCCCAUCACGCACAUCUUCACGUCCAAUCUCCAGCGAGCAUAUCGUACAGCUGAAGCUAUUGCUGAGGCACAACGAGGAGCUGCUGCGGGCUCAGAUAAGAACGUUGCCACACUGAAGGUCGUACAGCUGGCCGAGCUUCGCGAGAAAGACUUUGGAUCUGGCGAAGGGGUCAAGUACAAGGCACUCGCGACUGGCCGAGCUGAUGGCUCUAUCGCAUCAGACUCGGAGACACGCGAGGCCAUGAUGGUUCGAGUGAACCGUUUCAUUGUCGAUGAGCUUGUCUCUGUUCUCGAAGCGCAUCAGUCCGAGAAGGUCACUGCCGCCAUUGUUGCACAUGGACUUAUUCUCGGUACGCUUCUGCAAGCUCUAAUCACUAGCUUCCCUGUUCAAGUCGCAUCUGCGACAUCCCCAGAACUCGGUCGACCUGGAGCUGCCUGGAGCAAUACGGGCGUCCUUCAAGCGAAGAUCGAAGGGGUUGCUAGCCUUCGCACCACAGCCGCUCUGUCUGGAACCCCUUCUCCAUUGGACCGUGCUGCCCAAUCAGGCAUUGGUGACGAUGUUGACGCUACCUCGAGUCGAUUGACCAUGACGGUGCAGCACAUCAACAAUACUGAUCACCUCGGUGGCUUGAAGAAGACCAGGGGUGGUAUUGGUAGCGCCAAGUUCGACGAGCGGCAACGUCCAGUUACUGCCUUCUUUACACCCAUUUCAAAAAAGCGUAAAGCAGAGGACUAUAUGCAGUGA